AAUGCACUAAAAUGUUCAGAUGAGAAACAAGACAUGUGCUUCGGAUCCAUCAUGAUCAUGAUGUUCUGUUUGUUGCCUUUUCCAACUUGCUACCAAAACCAUCAGAGCAAACAAUAUACUACUUGGAUAUGGACUGGGUGACAAAUAUUCUCUGCUCAGCUGCAGAUUCAUGUACCCCAUGCACCAAUUCUGCAGAUGCAUGGGUUGGUGCUAAAAACUUUUUAUAACGGUUGUCUUUGCCUUAACAGUCUCGGUGGCCGUGAAUGGCUUCAUAAUAAAUCUUUGGAGGUCGAAAUCCCGAUGGGUUUUAACGUAUCUAACACGAAGCAACUCCCUUUAUAUCCACUCGGCGACAGCUAGCUGCAAGUGCAAGGGAACGAAAAGACAACACACGUACACGUCCUUCGUAAUAAAACCUUCUCUCUUUUUCAUGCUAAAACACCGAUUUUUCUGUUGCGAAAAGUAAUGCCACUUUAGUUUUUCUUUUUUCGUUCUUCUUUCUGUAUCUGCUCGGAGAUUUUCUUGGUUUUUCUGACACGAAAAUGGCGAAGGAAGCGAGGUGGGAUUCGAAACUGUUAUCACUCCAGAAACACAAUCAUGUCUUUGUGAAGUUUGCCAUCUCGUUUCUCGUAUUGGGUCUUGCUUUUCGCCUUUUAUCCUCUGAUUCUAUCAGGAUUGUUUCAAACAUAGAGACACCCCCUCUUGCAGAGGAAAGAACAGAGUCCCCUAUUGUUUCUCUUCCCAUUGAAGCGCCUGUUUCUUCUCCAUUCCCUCAAAAUGAAAGCUACACAUCUGAGAAUGUAAAAUGUGAUAUAUUCAAGGGAGACUGGAUAGCUGAGCAAUCAGGCCCAGCUUACACCAAUAAGAGCUGCCAUGUGAUUGAAGACCAUCAAAAUUGUAUGAGGAAUGGACGGCCAGAUUCAGGUUAUCUUUACUGGAGGUGGAAUCCAAGGGACUGUGAAUUACCAAGGUUCAAUUCUCACAGAUUUCUAGACCUUAUGAGGGAUAAAUCUUGGGCGUUUAUUGGUGAUUCCAUCUCUCGUAACCAUGUGCAGUCUUUACUCUGUAUCCUCUCUCAGGUCGAAGAAGCUGUUGAGGUCUACCACGAUGAGGAAUACAGAUCCAAAAGAUGGCAUUUUCCUGCUCACAACUUCACGCUUUCAGUAAUAUGGACUCCUUUCCUCGUUAAAGCAGCAAUCUUCGAGGACAUGAAUGGCGUGUCUUCAUCAGAAGUCCAGCUUUACCUUGACAAACUUGACGAAAAAUGGACGGAUCAAUACAAGAACUUUGAUUACGUGGUGAUUGCCGGUGGAAAAUGGUUUCUCAAAACAGCAAUUUACAAUGAGAACAACACCAUCGCAGGCUGUCAUUACUGCCCUGGAAAGAACUUAACAGAGCUAGGAUUUGACUAUGCAUACCGCAAGGCACUUCAGCUGGUUCUCAACUUUGUAAUGCAUGAUGAAUACCACAACCAUAAGCCAUUUGUCUUCUUCAGAACUACCACACCUGAUCACUUUGAGAAUGGAGAGUGGUUCAGCGGAGGGUACUGCAAUCGAACAGUGCCAUUCAAGGAUGGCGAGAUUGAGAUGAGAGAUGUCGACACUAUAAUGCGUGACAUCGAGUUGGAAGAAGUUGAGAAGGCUGCAAGUGUAGGGUCUGAAAAUGGGGUAAUUUUGAAGCUAUUAGAUACAACCCGCCUUUCGGUACUGCGGCCGGACGGACACCCGGGACCCUACAGGAAAUUCCAUCCUUUUGGGAAAGAUAAGAAUGCCAAAGUUCAGAAUGAUUGCUUACAUUGGUGCUUGCCAGGGCCAAUUGACUCUUGGAAUGACCUGGUGAUGGAAUUGCUGGUGAAUGGUGAAAAAUAUAGAUGACUGCUUUCGUUGUGUUUGGGCUAUCUGGGUUUCCGAGGUCCUUGGGAUCUGGCUUCAUCAAUUUUGAAUAUUAAAGAUGAGGCUCUGUUGCCAUCUGCACAUAUACCCUCCAUUUGGUUUAUCUCCAGUUGUUCUCUCUGCAUGCUGAUUUAUCUGUGAAGCUGCUAGGAAGGCAUUGGCCAGACUGCAUCCUGUUGGGAAGAGAACUUAAAAAAUGCGUUUGAGUUGGUCUCAUUGUAUUAUAAUAUUAAAUUUUGUUUCGCCAUAGGUUAAUUAUUACAUUUGUAUUGUUUUUUGUUAAGGAUCUAUUAUUGACUAA